AUGCAUAGAACAAUCAAGAAAGUACUCACCUCCCUUAAGGAACACACAUGUGUUAGCUAUUCAAAAGUUGCAACCAUUGGAGGCUUUUGUGACCUUGAUCACAUUGUGGUGAAAGCCACUUCCCCCGAUGACACACCGUUGCCCGAUCGAUACGUCCUCGAAAUCCUCCAAAUUUUCGCCAUUUGUCCCUCUUCUUUUGGUUCAUUCGCACUAUCUUUUAGUCGACGUUUUGAUACUACACGGUGCUGGAGAGUCGCAUUGAAAUGCCUCCUCCUCUUCCACCGGCUCCUUAAAACCUUGCCUUAUACUAGCCCUUUUCGCGAAGAACUCUUGUUAGCAAGAUCAAACAGUUUGAUGUCUCUCUACCCUUGCAAAUUCAAGGAUCGCUCGUCCUCUUCUUCUCAAGAUUAUACCAAUUUCAUUUGGUCAUACGCGCGUUUGCUCGAUGAGUCCCUCGAUUGUUGUGCCACUCAGGAAAAAGCAGUUCACACAAGUAGUCAUGAGAACUUUAUUGACAAGAUGGAUGAGGUAAGUCUAAUGUUAGAAUUCUUGCCUCAAUUACAAAGCCUAAUAGACAGAAUCAUGGAGUGCCGGCCAACAGGGAAAGCAACACGUAACGUUUUAGUUCAAUCGGUCAUGAAACAUGUAAUUCGCGAUAGUUUCACGUGUUACACUAAUUUCAGGAAAGAGAUUGUUGAGGUACUAGAUUGUCUCAUACAGUUGCCAUAUAUAAAUUGUGCUGCAGCAUUUGAUAUUUACAAGAAGGCAGCAAAUCAGGCAAAUGAACUUUGUGAAUUUUAUGAUUGGUGCAAGUCUUUGGGGCUAUGUGGUAUGUAUGAGUAUCCCUUCAUUGACAAAAUCCCACAGAUACAAAUCAGAGCUCUUGAGAACUUCCUCAAUGGGAUGUGGCAAUCGACGGAUGAUCCGUCCUCUUCAACGUCUGUUUCCCCUCUAACAUCAAACGAAGAUGGCAGCGAUUAUAAGCAGAAACGGGUUAUCUUGCUUGGACCCUCCAAAAAUGUUGUCAUACCCUUGUCAGAUCACACGCCUGACAGUAUCUUUGAAAAGUCCGAACAACAUAGGAAACAGGACAUGCAAUCAAUAUUUGAUAGCCAGUAUUCUGUUGCUAAAAAGGGAGAUAGUGAAAUGCAGCCUUUGAUACAAUUUGAAGAUGACAAUCAAGAUUGGGAGACCAUUUUGGAUGCUUCUGUUUCUUUUCAAAGCACAACUUCAAGAACCAAUAUUAACUUAUAA